GGAGGCCAUUCUCUUCUUACUUUCCAACUUCCACCAUCAUGCCGAUCCAAACACCUUACGUUACUCCUCAUAUUCUCCACAAGAACUAUGCCCAGUCCUCCGAUGCUGAGCUUUACUCCAACCGUAAGCAUUUCGAUCUCAUCUAAAAUCCGUUUUCCUGAUAAAAGUUUGUUCAUAGUCAUUGGCAGGGAGCUCGAGUUCUUCUCCCAAGCUGGCUUUGACAUGGACAAAAUCUACUUGAAGCGCAAUGCUCCGGUUGCCCAGCUAUAUGAAGACGCCAUUCGCAACGAGGGUGCCAUUCUAUCGUCUUCUGGUGCUCUCAUCAACUUUUCGGGUAAGAAAACUGGGAGGAGCCCCAAGGACAAGCGUAUCGUAUACGAAGAUACCUCCAAGGACGACAUAUGGUGGGGCUCUGUCAAUAUAAAAUUAGAUGAGCAUACCUUUGAAAUCAAUCGUGAACGUGCAAUCGAUUAUCUCAAUACUCGAGAUAAUGUUUACGUCUUCGACGGGUUUGCUGGUGUAAGUUUCGAUGUUUCCUCUGCACCUGCGCACAACGCCCCUAACAUCGUCUUAGUGGGAUCCUAAGUACAGGAUCAAAGUCCGGGUCAUUUGUGCCAGGGCCUAUCAUGCUCUCUUCAUGAA